GUGUUUCCUUUUCUUCCUUUUUUGCUCUCUCCAUCCAAAUCCUGCAUUCCUCGCUCAACCCAAACACAGGUCACCACUGAUCUGAAUCACACUUGCACAGACAAACACUCGGGCACCUCUGCUAGUGCCCCGCUGGCUGCAGGCAUCUGUGCUCUCGUAUUAUCAGCUAAUCAGAAUCUAACCUGGCGCGACAUGCAAUACUUGGUCGUCUACACAGCUCGGCCGGAUGGCCUCUACUUGGCCGAUUGGAAGCUGAAUGGUGUCGGUCGACGCGUGUCUCACGCUUUCGGGUGA